AUGGCAAAUGGUGAAACGUACCAGGUCACAACACAGGAACACUACCACCUCCAGAAGCGCUCGGAUGAUGCAGCGCCCCCACCACUAUCAUCAUCCACCCCACUUUCAUCUGCAGGAUCUGGCCUUGUUAUCUUCCGGGACUCUGAUCUCUAUACACGAUCAAGCAACAUUCUCCGCCGGAAAAGAGGCUUAGCUCCAGAGGGUGAUUCUUCAUGUGGCUCAGAGAUUUUAUUCGAUCGUAGCAGGAGAGCAGAAGCAGAGGCGGAAGCAGGAGUUGUUGGAGCGGAGCCGAAGCCGUUAAUCCAUGAGUAUUAUUAUCCACCAAAUCUGACGACCUACAUCCCAGACUUGAGUUCUUCAUGGAGCGAUGUGUGGAAAACGGGGUCCUUGCGUAAAAGAGAUGUCGCAAUUAACGUAGCAGGGCCUAACCCUGUUCCCGACGGAUGUCCCACCUCUCGACUUGUGAACUAUAUGGGUGUCGCCGCAGAUUGUACAUAUGUCCGCAACUAUAAAGGUUCUGCUAAUGCACGGAAACAAAUCUUUUCAACAUUUAACACGGUUUCAGCUAUUUAUGAGAGUACUUUCAAUGUUGCGCUUGGAAUUAUUGCGCUCAAUAUCGUUCCGGACGGUUGCCCAUCCACACCCGUGGAGGAUGCGAAAUGGAAUCAGGACUGUUCAGAUUCUUAUUCGAUAGAUCUGCGAUUGAGCGAUUUCUCCAACUGGAGAGGGCAGGGCGACCGGUCUCGCGAUGGAGCGGGAUUGUGGCAUUUGAUGACGACCUGCAAAUCUGGGCCCGUUGUCGGUAUCGCAUGGACCAAAGCCCUGUGUCAGGCAAAGACACAGACGCAAAACACAGAUGGAAAACAACAAUAUACAGCGGGAGCUGCAGUCUCCUCGGCUGGGCCUCAGGAAUGGAUGGUCGUGGCACAUGAGAUCGGACAUAAUUUUGGGGCUGUUCAUGAUUGUAAUCAACAGACAUGUACUGCAGACAAGGCUGCGGGUUCAUGCUGUCCCUUAUCGUCAUCUACCUGUGACGCCGGUGCGAAGUAUAUCAUGAACCCUUCAGAGUCCACUCCCACGAAGAUUUUCUCGCCAUGCAGUAUCAAAGCUAUCUGUCAUACGCUCAAGAGUGGUGCAGGACAAUGCCUAAAGCCUCCUGGUACACGUGUGACCCAUAGUUCAGAGCCCAAUAUUUGUGGCAAUGGGCUUAAGGAGGAAGGCGAGGAGUGCGAUUGUGGAUCUCCGGAGGACUGUGCCAAAGAUCCUUGCUGCGAUGGCACGACCUGCAAACUCAAGAAUGGGGCUGUCUGUGAUGACCUGAACGAUGGUUGCUGCCUGAACUGUCAGAUGCGCCCUCAAGGACAUGUCUGUCGGCCAGCAAUCUCAGAGUGUGAUAUUCAAGAAGUAUGCUCAGGAACUAAUGCAUCAUGCCCAUCGGACGAGCGCGUCCCUAAUCUGACACCCUGCAAGGGCUCCAAGAACGAGACAGGCCUCCAGUGUGCCAAUGGAUUGUGCACUUCCCGAGAUCUGCAAUGCAAACAGCAGGACAAGCAUGGAAAGUUUAAGCAAUGUAGCGCCUCCAACACCUGUGAAUUGACCUGCAAUGAUCCUAGCGGCUCAGCAUUAAGCUGUAUUCAGGUUCAAGGCACAUACUUCGUGGAUGGCUCCCCUUGCGGGUUUGGAGGAACAUGUAAUGCUGGUACUUGUGAGUAUACUGGCGGCGUGAACAGUGUCCUAGAUUGGAUCAAGGGCAACUUGUUGAUUUUUGUCCCUGUGGCAGCAAUUGUUGGACUUUUCUUUCUUUGCUGCAUUUGGAGCUGCUGCUGUGCAGGAUGCUAUAACCGCAGGCGGCAACAACGCCUGCAAGGUAAACCGCAGAGGCUAAACUCAACUGGAUAUCAGUACAGCUCAUUUGCACCUCCGCCAGGAAAUCCACCUGGUUAUCCUCCGCCUCAACAAUACCCAAUGGCUCCAAUGGGCUCGAUGGUUCCGCCUACGCCUUCAUACCAAGGCGGGUAUCCUCAGCAGCCCCAGCCCCAGCCAACAGGCUUUACCUAUCAUUCGAAUGCCAGUUCUAACCCCAAUAAUCCGUUCGGUAACCAUAACGCGCUACCAAAUCAGCAAAGACCGCAGCAAUCUGGAUAUAUUUAA